AUGAAAAUUAAAAAAAGAAGAAUUUCACUCUCAUACAGUGUAAUAGGACAAGUGCUAAUGAUAUUGCUCUUUCUUGGUUAUAUAUGGUCGGAUGUGUAUUUGGAUAUGAUUGUUUCUCGUAUAGAUAAAUAUAAAAUAACUUAUUCCAACAGAGGAGUUCUAAUUACUCUUCCAUAUGAGACUAUACUUUUGAGUGACUAUUACGCUUUGAAUAUAGCCAGUUGGGGGGAUAAAUUUUUCAAAUACAUGGAUAGGCACCAUAAGAAUCCACCCACAUAG